GAUACCUCAUUCCUCAAGUGAAUCUUCGGGUACCUCUAGACCUUACGGAUAUGGAAUAUCAAAUCCUCACCCCCCACCGCGUCCAUGGUCACAUUAUGGUGAACGUCCUCCUCCAAGAGAUCAUAAUUCUGAAUCUUCAUCUUCAUCCCCAUAUCGGAAUGGUCCACUUCCUAUACCUCCACGUCAUUCAAUGUAUUCAUAUCCUGAAUAUUAUCAUACAUAUCCACCUCCACCGAAACAGGAUUACGGUCAAAAUGAUCCUGUUUCAAAUCAAACUGGCCCUGCUAAAAUUCCUAUCCAAGAUCUUUUAUUUACAGAACAGCAACAAUUACAACCAAAUACUGAACGUGCUGCUGGCGGUGUUCCCCCUCCUCGUACAUACGGCGCUCCGCCAUCUGCCUUUGCUCAUCUUUACCCUCAUCCUGGUCGUCCUCAUGAAUACCCAUCUCGACAUGAUAUGUAUAAUCAUUCUCGAUAUUCACACGAUGUUGGAUAUCCACCUCAUGAAAGUUUGCCACAUUAUG